CUUCCAUCUCUAAAAGCUAAACACAAGAACAAAUUAUGGAGUCCUCUUUUGCUCACUUCUUGGUUUUUACUGUUUUGCUAGUUUUUUCCUUUCAGCCGUGUUUCCAACAUCCAUUCUGUCAAAGAGAUGAGCGCCUUGCCUUGUUACAGUUCAAAGAAAGCUUUGUCAUCGAUAAGCAUGCUUCUUCCAAUGAUCCUUUUGCUUAUCCUAAAGUCAUUCUUUGGAAAUCUCAAGUGAUGGAUUGCUGCUCUUGGGAAGGCAUAUGGUGUGACCAAGACACUGGUCAUGUUAUAAGCCUUGAUCUCAGUAGUAGUUGUCUUUUAGGUAAUUUGCCUGAGUUUCAGUUUCACAACCAGCUUAUGGUUCUUGCAAUUCACUUCACAAAAUUUUCUGGUAAGUUACCAACCUCAAUUGGAAUGCUCAGCUCUUUGGAGUUUUUGAAUGCUGGUAGUUUUAACUUCUCAGGCUUAUUGCCAUCUUCUUUGGGUAAUCUUACCAAGCUUGAAAGCUUGACCCUUGAUAACAAUAGCUUCACUGGUACAGUUGAGAUUGACACAUUUCUUGAGCUCAAAUACUUGAAAUGAAACAACAUUAAAGGCCCAAUUCCUCCAACUUGGGUAGCUGGAAACAAUCUACAAGUGAUUAAAUUAGGACAGAAUAAUUUGCAAGGAAAGGUACCAAGAUCAUUGGCAAAUUGUAGAAUGUUGGAGUUUCUUGAUCUUGGUAACAAUCAUAUCAGAGAUACCUUCCCUUAUUGGUUGGGAACUCUUCCCAGAUUGAAGAUUCUCAUUUUGCAUUUCAACAAAUUCAAUGGUGCAAUUAAUGUUCUAGAGUCAAAUUCCUUAUUUCCUAAUCUACGGAUUGUUGACCUUCCUCAUAAUGGUUUUGUUGGUCCUCUACCAACAAAAUACUUCAACUUGUGGAGUGCCAUGGUAGAUGUUGAUGAGGAGAACACAAAAUAUUGGCAUGCAUAUGACAAUUAUGUGUUGAAUGGCGUAAUCGGUGCCAGUCCAUACCCCUACUCAAUGACAAUAACAAACAAAGGAGUGAAAAUGGAAUAUGCAAAGGUAUUAGAGAUUUUCUUAGCCAUUGAUCUGUCUUGCAACAAAUUUGACAGAGAGAUUCCAGAUGUAGUAGGGAGCUUAAAGGGACUUCAACUGCUCAACCUUUCCAACAACAUCCUUGUUGGUCCAAUCCCACCAGCCUUGGGAAAUCUCAAAAAUCUUGAAGCUCUAGACCUUUCUCAAAACAAGCUUGUAGGAAGCAUUCCCACGCAGCUGACACAGCUCAAUUUCCUUGAAGUUUUCAAUGUUUCUUACAACCAUUUGACAGGACUUAUCCCGAAUGGCCAACAAUUUGAUGCAUUUGAUAAUAGCUCAUUUGAUGGGAAUUUAGGGUUGUGUGGAUUGCCUCUGUCAAGGAAAUGUGACAAUUCAAAGGUCUCGCCUCCACCAUCUUCAAACUCUAAAGGAAAUGAAGAUUCUGGAUUGCUAGCUGAAUUUGGUUGGAAAGCAGUGGCAUUGGGUUAUGGAUGUGGAUUCCUUGUUGGUAUGGUGAUUGGAAACAUUGUUUUUGCAAGAACAUGUGAGUGGUUGAUGAGGACUUACCGAAUCAAGAUGUCAAGGAGGAGAAGGAUGAGGAGGAUCAUUUGAAAACGAAUGUUUAUCUGUUGGUGGUAGCCUCUAGCUAUGUAUUGUUUUGCCUACGUUUCUCUGUUUUUCUUGUUUUUAUUUUGUGUGUGCGAAUUGUUGUACUUUAAAGCUGCAUCAAUAAAUUGCACUUCAACUU